AUGUACAUUCCUAUCCAAAUGGCUCUACCAGCACCAUCCCCAUUCUUCGCCCGAUUCGGACAGUGCGAAUUCCUUGAUGUCGAUGAGGACGAGCUGGACACAACGGGUCUUCAGGCGCGAGUUGUGAAGUCAUCUACAAGAGAGAAGCUCCUCAGCCGACAGAGAUGGAUGGUAUCGACACCAGCCACCGACCUCGAAGCGACUACGCUCCUACAGGACCUCGGACGUCUGGCACCCUCGCUCGUCAAAGAAUUCAUGCCAAAGAGCCACGCGGAGAGCACAUUCCCCUUUCGGCUGAUCAACGACGUCGGUUUCCAAGGAGAAGAAGACAGUUAUAUCGCCCUCAGUUAUUGCAGAAAACAAGGCAUAGCAAACAUACCGAGCAGAGUGAUAACUCCCGUCGGGCAUCUUCCCUUUGGGUGGCAGAAGGAGUUUGAGCAGUUCCCACUACCGACAAGUGCAGCACUGUUUCAGGCUAUCAUAAAAGAAAAACGCGCAGGAGAGGGGCUGUGGUUCGAUCAGGUGUGCAUUGAACAGGAGGAAGAAUCAGACAAGACCGCACUCGUUGGAGCUGUUGACAGCAUCUACAAGAAUGCGAGGGCAGUUGUUGUAGCGCUGGACGACAUUGUAGUCACGCCGGACGAGGAACAGUUCCUGCGCUACUACGUCGAGCAAUAUAGCUACACCAACCUACACCCAAAUCAGCAACCCAACACAGGACUCGAUCCGCCUUUCAUGCAGCAGUACGAUCUACUCAGGACACUGCUCGAGCGCAUCAUAUGUUCAGAAUGGUUCGAGCGUGCAUGGUGCACCCAUGAGAUGAAGCUGGGAAGAAGCCACGUCUUUUUGGUCCCUUGCUUACGACAUUACGAAGACGAAGUCCAGACCAUCCUCAGAUUUACUGGUGCUUUCUUUACCCAUUUGCUGGCACUGGCUAGUGAACUUGCAAAUUUCGCACCGCAAUCAUCUGCUAAGAUCCAUUCACUUUUGGAUUUCUUCCAACAAAACGACGCUCUCGAUAACGACAUACUCUUCCCUCAAAGACCCGAUACUCCCCAGAGCCUAGUCUCGACAACAAAGUCGCUGUUUCCGCUGAUCUAUGACACUUUCCGAAUGAAAGCCGGGGGAAACCCACGGCUACCAGAGUAUCUUAGGAGGUUGGAUGCGAAUCGGGACAAGACGGGCAUCACACUGAAUAUGUCGGGCUUACCUCUAGCCUUGGCACCUUCAAGUCCCUUUUCGAGACCCAACAUUGAGGAUGAAUGCCUUCGAUCACUACUACUAGUAGGCAUCGCGGCGCGAGAUCCAGUUGCACUCUGUACCACGGGCACACCACUUCAGCUUCACGACGGAUCAGUAUCAUGGCUAUGUCGGCCAACCAAUCUCGACGUAAAAGCAUCUAGACCGACUCCAGCGCGAUUUCCAACACAUGCAACUCAGAUUGUUCAAGCAACAGACGGUAGAGCAGAGUAUGCACAACUUGAUCUUGUCUUCCUGGAACUACCGCACCGUAGGCAACCUAGCCCUUCAUUCCCCGCACACGUCGUUCGAGCUCGGAUGAUCAUUGAUCUUUGUGUUCAAUACCAAAUACCUGGAUCUGGCUUUUGGGGUUUCUCGCGCGCGCCCGACCACCCGCGCACACCGGCUUUGCGCAACAUGUUCAUCCAAACAUUGGCCUGUGUGCUCAAGUGCGGACUCCAGUGGUUAUUGGAAGUCCACACAAGCAUCCAAGAGCCUAACGCACCAUACAUGGAUCCUUACACCAUGGAGAUGCUACUUAAUCCCCAGCUCAUACUGCAAAACUUUAUUCUAUUACCAGAAGGGCAGGCAGCGAUGGUAUCGCUCAUCCACUUUUUGUCUACCAUGAUUUCAUCGGGUAUCCCAUGGCCAUCAGGCGCCUCGGAACGCACACACGGCCCGCUUAUCGUCGCCGCGCCCGCUUCAUCUGCGUACAACUACACCGGAGCCCCUACACACAGUGGCAAAGCCAUCAUCUUUGCGCCAUUCGAGCAUUCCAAGACCUUGCUCAUCGCCGUUCCCGCGGUGGUCAAAGACACGGAGUAUGCCCCCUUGGCGCGAGGAUGGAUCUUGACGAGCAUGAACCCAUUCACUGGAGGUUCCAAACCAAGCGUCAGCUGGACGCUACAAUCAAAGGGAGUGAUAUUUGGGGAUGUGGAGUUUAAUGCAGGAUUGGCUGUUUCUAAUGAGAUGGAUGUGAGGAAUCAUCGGGUACAUGGGCCUUCACGUCACUGA